AUGUUGUUUACUAAAGUGCUAUAUCGCCGGGCUGACCGGUUCGCAAGCGCACGGCAGUGGGUUCGGGAGCUGCGGGUCAGUGACGUUCCAGUUAGUAUAUACAGAGUAAGGUACGACAGGUCUAGCGGGCCCGGGGGACAGAAUGUGAACAAAGUCAGUACUAAAUGUACGCUUACUAUUCCUGGGAUCUCCAGAUGUGAGUGGUUCCCUUCUGAGGUUCGGGGUUUGCUCACCAAAGGGGUAUGCGUGGCUAAUCCUGAUGAGUCGAAUGCCAAGCAAAUUGUAGCAAGCACGCUAUCGGGGCGACCCUCCAGUUACUACUAUCCUGCUAAUGACAAAUUUAUUGUAAGAGCCGAUGAGACACGGUCAAGGGAACAAAAUAGAAGACUUUGUCUCGAUAAAUUGGUCAGAGAAAUCCAGGAUACAUGCCGUUUUCCUGGUGUGGAAAAUGAGGCAACAGUAUCGAAAUGGGAUAGCAUCAAGAAACAGACAAAUAAAAUACGACUCGAAGGGAAGCGCCAGGUUUCCGAGAAGAAAAGUGCAAGGAAGAAACCAAGACUCGACCUAUACUAA